AUGCUUACAAUGGUAACUAUGUUAUCUGCAUUUUGUGCGUUUUUUCAAGCUUUCUGUAUUAAUCCUAAUGAGAGUGGUGAGACAUGGAAUAUCAGUAGCGUAUGCAUCGGUUCAAAUGUUGCCGUAGUCGAUGAUGCGCGUAACGAUGAAGUGAAUUGUGAGAGUCUGGAUGUUUUAUUGGUAAGGUUCAUUUCAGGUGAACAUGGCGCUAGUGAAGGUGCAUAUUGCGAGUUUCAAGAAAGGAAUGGGAUAUUAUGCCAGGACGAAAACGGAAACUAUUUCUUGGUGAAGAGCUGGGGCAAUGUAAGGGAUGUUGUUGCUCUAAUUAAUGGAGAAGAUGUUAAUUAUUAUCGUAGUAGAUUUUAUUCGUUUUAUCGCGAGAACAAAAAUGAGUUACAGGACUCAGCGGAUGCAGACCAACAAAAGGACAGCGAGCAGUUCGCCAACAGAAUGGAGGGUUGCUUAUCAACGGCACAACCAGAGUGUUUUGGUCAAACCAAAAAUGAAGAAUACUCGAAUUAUGAGUUGAUCACAGACAGACGUAUAGUUGGUAUGACAAUUGAAAACACUCUCACAGAGCAUAUUGACAUCUACUUUAGACCGUCUAAUUCGCUUCUUUUAUUCUUGUAUAUUGCAGUGGUAAGUUAUUUCUUGUUAACAUUGUUUUAA